GGGACGGUUGCGAACGACGGGGGAUCGUUAAGAGACGACUGCGUCCGCGCAACCGACGAGUGAUUAGCUAUCACGCGUCGAGACCAGCGAAGUCGAUUUCGUCGUUUGAUUUGGAACCGAGGCCAUGGGGACGGAGAUCUUGCGGCCGCAGGACUGCUUGGCCGGGCGGAUGGGAGCCGCCGCCCCGGCGGCUUACCCCCGCCGGAGGAGCUGCAGCGACGGGAGCUCCUCCGCUAAUCCGAGGCCGCACAGGAGGCACCACCAGCACCAGCAGAGAAAGCGGCCCGUCGUCCCCGGCCAGCCGGAGCAGUUGCGGCCCGGCGGCCAUGUGACGGGGAAGGCCGCCGUCCUCCGGCGAGGCGACGGUCCGGUCGUCGUUUCGGGAUCAGGUCCAGAGCCGGAGAUGGCGCGGAAGCAGGCCAUCGCGCCGGGGGGGAGGGCCGUGGUGUACGCCGGGUCGGCGUUCGCCGUGUCGCCGGAGCCGAGCUCGCUUCCGCUGCCGUCGUUUUCGAAGGAGAAGAAGAAGCAGGCGCUCUUGGUCGACGAUUCGGCCACCAGGGACCUCCGGCGGUUGCUCCGGCUCGAUCUCCUGUGAGGAAAACCAAGGGCUCUUUCGAAUUCCGCCGAGUAUGGAUGAUCUUUGAAGAUCAGAUCUAGCCGAUUCCGGAUCCAUUUUCAUCGCCUCUCUCCCUCUCUCUAUCUCGAAGUUCUCAAUGUCUGGACCUUUCCGCGAGUUUUUUCAGGAAGUGGGGGCCGAUCCGGAAUUUGGAGAAACUAGGAGGAGCAUGCGCGCAAUACGCGCUUCUUUUGCUGUAAUUAGGCUGCAUUUUUAGUGAUUAGUUGUAAUAGUGGGUACAGACUAAGGGCUCGAAGAAGGAAGAAAAUAAGAAAUGGGGGGUGGAUUUGUAAUAUUGGGAAAUAGGGCAGACGGAGUUGGAGCCUUGGGGGGGUGGUGGGGGGUGUGAAUGCGAGAGUUUUUCUCUUCUUGUCCUUGGACGAAUCUGUGAAAAAGCUUCUUUUGCUGCCAUGCCCCUUUCUGUAAUCACGGAGAAGGAUGGGAACUAGAGAUUGUGAAUUGGUGAUGAGACGUUUUAGUAUGAGACGUUUUAGUUGAAAGCA